GCUUUUUGGUCUUCCUUUCUUCUUCCCUUUCUUUUGCCAGUGAGAAUUUUGAAUGUUUUUAGACUUCUACUCCUGGCUGGGUGCGUGGUUCGUUAUUAGCUACUAAGAUUAUGGGGUUUGACUAUUUUCCUUGUUUGGGCACGAAGAUGUUGCAGCUGAGAACUUGUGAAUGUGUUUUUGUGCUGUCAUAUUGUUACUUGGUGCUACUCACGGUUGCUCAAGUUUCAAGUCCCUCAGAAGUUAAUGCAUUGCUAGCAGUCAAGAACAGUUUGAUUGAUCCUAUGAAGCAUCUCAGUAAUUGGAACAAGGGAGAUCCAUGUGCCUUCAAUUGGACUGGUGUUUCUUGUUCUGACUCAGCUGGGACUGAUGGUUACUUGCAUGUUCAAGCGCUUCAGCUUAUGAAUAUGAAUCUUUCUGGAUCUUUAGCACCUGAGCUUGGCCAGCUUUCUCAACUGAAAAUAUUGGAUUUUAUGUGGAAUGAAUUGACUGGCAGCAUACCAAGAGAGAUAGGAAGUCUUUCAUCUUUGAAACUCCUGCUCUUGAAUGGAAACAAAUUAUCAGGCUCUUUACCUGAUGAGUUAGGCUAUUUAACAAAACUAAAUAGACUUCAAGUAGAUCAGAACAACAUUUCAGGACCACUACCAAAAUCAUUCGCUAACAUGAGCAGUGUUAGACACCUCCACUUGAAUAACAACUCAAUCAGUGGUCAAAUUCCACCUGAGCUUUACAAACUAUCAACUCUCUUUCACUUGCUUUUGGAUAAUAACAACUUAUCUGGAUAUCUUCCACCAGAACUAUCAAAGUUGCCAGAGAUGCAGAUAAUUCAACUCGACAACAACAACUUUAACGGGUCGGGAAUUCCAGCUACAUAUGGCAACCUUUCCAGAUUAGCAAAACUAAGUCUCAGAAAUUGUAGCUUGCAUGGUGCUAUACCUGAUCUUAGCAGCGUACCAAACCUAUACUAUUUGGAUCUGAGUGAGAACAACCUUAGUGGAUCUAUACCUUCCAAACUUUCUGAUUCUAUGAGAACUAUUGAUUUGUCAGAGAACCAUCUUAAUGGAUCUAUACCUGGAAGUUUCUCAAAUCUUCCUUUUCUUCAGAGACUGUCACUUGAAAAUAAUCUGUUGAGUGGUUCUGUGCCAACUGACAUCUGGCAGAACAUGACCUCCACUAAAAGCGCUAGACUAACAAUUGAUCUUAGGAACAAUUCACUCUCGAGCAUUUCAGGGGCACUGAAUCCUCCAGAUAAUGUCACCUUAAGGCUUGGAGGCAAUCCUAUUUGUGAAAGUGCAAACACAGCCAACAUAACCCAGUUCUGUGGGUCUGAAGAUGGAGGAGAUAGGAAAGCUGAGAGGUCAAGGAAAUCUAUGAUGGCAUGUCCUGUUCAAGCAUGCCCAACAGAUAAUUUCUUUGAAUAUGUCCCAGCUUCACCGCUACCAUGCUUUUGUGCCUCCCCUCUAAAAGUUGGAUACAGACUUAAAAGCCCUAGUUUCUCUUAUUUUGAUCCAUAUGUUCUUCCAUUUGAGUUAUAUGUGACUAGUUCUCUUGACCUGAACCCUUAUCAACUGGCAAUCGAUUCCUAUUUCUGGGAAGAAGGCCCUCAUAAAAUUUUUAUAUAA